GAGUAGGUGACGUCAGUUCCCCCGUUGGCAGAGAGCGACACAAACAUGGCGAUAGACUCGAGUGGACGGAGGUUCACGCUAACUUUAUUCGUGUUUUAUUGUGUUUUUGCGGGCAGCCAGACCGAGGCGGCGGUUUCGGAGUCGAGAAGCGCCACUCGGAUACUCGGCAUGAGGCUGGAGAGGAGCGACAAACCCGCUUCGACCACCGAGACGGGGGUUAUUCAGGUGACCGAGGACAGCAACAUCUUCUUCAGGUUCUACGGGCUCCACUUGUUCCCAAACAGCUCGGAUCUCAUCAGGUUCAUGGAACUGGACUCCAGUGGCCAAGAGGACGAUGGUACAGGCUUCAAUAGGACUUGUCCCGAACACACGAAGGAUAUAGCGGUGCAUGGGCCCAUGGUGGUGAGUAACCAGAACACCUCCGGAGUGGUCAGCCUCAGCAUCAAGCAGCUUCGUAAGAGCGAAGUGGCAAAAGUGUUCGGCGUGUGCGUCCGCGACACGCAGCAGCAGAAGUGGUACCUGCUGGACGACAAGGACGGCAGACUACUGGUGGUGGAGGAGAAGAAGCCCAUGUUGCCCAUUUGGCUGCAGGUGAUCCUCAUCUCCUUCCUGCUGGUGCUGUCCGGCAUGUUCAGCGGGCUCAACCUGGGGUUGAUGGCGCUGGACCCGAUGGAGCUGCGCAUCGUCCAGAGCUGCGGCACCGAGAAGGAGAAGAAGUACGCGCGGAAGAUCGAGCCCAUUCGCAGGAAAGGCAACUACCUGCUGUGCUCACUGCUCCUGGGGAACGUCCUGGUCAACACCACCCUCACCAUCCUGCUAGACGACUUGAUCGGCUCGGGGCUGGGCGCAGUGGUGGCUUCCACCAUCGGCAUCGUGAUCUUUGGUGAGAUCGUCCCCCAGGCGCUGUGCUCCAGGCAUGGUCUGGCAGUCGGAGCCAACACCAUCCUGGUCACCAAGUUGUUCAUGCUGUUGACAUUCCCCCUCUCCUGGCCCAUCAGCAAGAUCCUGGACUGCGUGCUGGGCCAGGAGAUCGGCACCGUGUACAACCGGGAGAAGCUGGUGGAGAUGUUAAAGGUCACAGAGCCCUACAAUGACCUAGUGAAAGAGGAGCUCAACAUGAUCCAAGGGGCUCUGGAGCUCAGGACCAAAACAGUGGAGGAUGUCAUGACCCCAAUCAACAACUGCUUCAUGAUCCACAGCGACGCUGUGCUGGACUUCAACACCAUGUCUGAGAUCAUGGAGAGCGGAUACACCAGGAUACCAGUGUACGAAGAUGAGCGUUCCAACAUCGUGGACAUCCUCUACGUCAAAGACCUGGCCUUCGUGGACCCGGACGACUGCACCACCCUGAAGACCAUCACCAAGUUCUACAACCACCCAGUCCACUUUGUGUUCCAUGACACCAAGCUGGACUCCAUGCUGGAGGAGUUCAAGAAAGGAAAAUCUCACCUGGCCAUUGUGCAGAAGGUGAACAACGAAGGGGAGGGAGAUCCUUUCUACGAAGUCCUGGGUCUGGUCACUCUGGAGGACGUAAUCGAAGAAAUAAUUAAAUCAGAGAUUCUGGAUGAAUCAGAUCUUUACACCGAUAACCGCACCAGGAAAAAGGUGGCGCCCAAUAAGAACAAGAGAGACUUCUCGGCCUUCAAACACGAGAGUGAAUCUAAAGUGAAGAUCUCUCCUCAGCUGCUGCUGGCUGCUCAUCGCUUCCUGGCUACAGAGGUGAGCUUGUUCAGCCCAUCUCAGAUCUCAGAGAAGGUGCUGCUGCGAAUCCUGCGUCAUCCCGACGUGAUCCAGGAGAUCAAGUUCAACGACAGUGACAAGCGCUCGCCUCACCACUACGUCUACCAGAGGGGGAAGCCUGUCGACUACUUCAUCCUCAUCCUGCAGGGUCGAGUGGAGGUGGAGGCCGGAAACGAGAACAUGAAGUUUGAGACCGGACCUUUCUCCUUCUAUGGUGUCAUGGCGCUCAGUGCUCCCACUCUGGUGGCUGCACCUCGUCCUCGCCUCCUCUCCUUUAAGAGGUUUUCUCUGUUCUCUCGGUUGCCAGAGUUUCGUUCACCGUCCCACCUCAGCGGCUUGAACCGAACAGCCUCCCUGAGCGGAGGCGACCGGACCGAGUCGCUCUCCGUCAGCGGCAGCAACAGCCAGCUCAACAACAGCAUCCCCUCGCAGCAGUACACGCCCGACUUCUACGUCCGAGCCCUCAGCGACCUGCAGUUUGUCAAGAUCACCCGGGCUCAGUACCAGAACGGCCUGAUGGCGUCCCGUCUGGACAGCACGCCUCAGUCCCCUGAGAGCGGCCACAACGCCACCCGCCUGGACCAGAUGACUCCCACCGCCAACACCACCAUCACAGACAUGGUGGUCGACUCCGCCCCGACGGAGAACGGGCCCGACGAGACGACGCUCCUCCUCCUCAACGAGCAGAACUCACCGCACACGGCCAACCACCACCACAGCCAGCUGGAGAACAGCGUUUGACCCCGACCCCAUCCUCCGCUCCCCUGCGUUUGCACACAUGCACUGCUGCGCUCAGACGUACGCCGAGGAGGGGAGGACUGCGUGUCGGCGUGUUAGCGCGAGCGAGCGGGAAUGCUAGACCCGAGCCUCGGAAGAGCCAACGAGGCUCGAAGAGACAAGCCAUGUGCGCGCAUAUUGUGUACAUAUGCAAGGAUUAAGCAAAAACACACACACACACACCCACACCAAAGUAUACACUGAUGAGCCAGAACAUUAAAACCACGCACGGAUGAAGUGUUAAGAGAGGUCUGGAAGUGAUGCAUGAGAAGAAAAAGCUGUCCAAGGAGGGACAAACCAGCAGAUAGUUCCAAUUAGCGUCUUCCAGGACUUAGAAGAUCUGCUUCUUGUGUUUUGGAGCGCCUUCAGGAGUCCGUGCAGCGUGUGAGGCAGGGAUGGCCAUAGUGUUUUUCCUCAUCAGUGUACUUACACGUACCAAAGUGUAUUGUGGAAGCUCACCACAUCCACUUUUUCACACUCAACAGACCCACCGCAAACCCGGCAACCACCCGCUAUACUUCACCGACAGAGAGCGCCAUCCGUGUGUGUGUGUUUGCAUCUCCACGUAUUAACCGACGACAAACAUCCGAAGGACCUGCCUGUCUGGACCACAGAGCGCCUCCGUUCAGAAGGCGUUUCCUGAUUUGAGUUGCUUUCCAAUUCACUUCCCCCCCCCCCCCCCCCCCCAGUCAAGAGACUCAGGGAGACUCCGCCCUCCUCCCCCCUUUUUUUGCCCCUCCAGAUGUACAUAAAUGCAAGUGUGGUGGAAAAAAAGCCGCGAGCCAAACCCGCAUGUGUAGCAGCCUGCGUCCCCCUCCACCGCAUCCAUACAGCUAGAAGACAAAGAGCACCCGAGCAUGUCAGCGGAGUUCCAACAAAGUAAUAUAUGUUCCGUAGAAAUUUUUUGUCGCAUAUUUAUUGACGAAAUCUGUGUGAGACGGACACACAAGGCUCCUACUGACUCUUGUUUUGGUGGGGUGGGGGGUGGAUAUACAGAUAGAUAUACACAUGUGUAUGUAGAAAUGCGAGGAUGCUUCGAAAACUUCUCGGCCUCAUCAGAAAACAUCACAGGAGAAAGCGUUGUUGUUCAUCAGAGUCUCUCUCACUACCCCUUCACUGAAGAAGGUCACAUCUUGAGCCUCCAGAUACAAACAAGCAAAGACAUCUUCAUCCCUUUGAAAACAGUUCACACACGCUGGAAUUCAGGUUGGGAAGCCGAUAGAAAUCAGAUGGUGCUGGUUGCAUGAAAUAGUUGCAUCGGGCAACAGUUCAGCUCCAAAAUCUCUCCUUCUUUGGUCUGUUUUUCGAUUUUUUUGUUGACACUGAUUCACAGCAUUAAAGUACACAGUAAUGCCCCAAAAUGGGAGGCCAAGAACUCGUUUUGAAGCAUCCUCGUGUGUCUCUGCAUAUGAUGUGUAUAUAUACAACUUCUCGUGUCCUGCAUAGAAACAGUGAGUAGCCCAGAGCCUUUAUCUCAGAGUUGUUAAGAGAUUCGCCGCUGAUAGACAGUCAGUCUGUAUCAUGAUUAAGACAAUCAAUAUGAAUAUAAUGAAUGUGUUAAAUUAAAUGUGUAGGGUACGUUAAC